AAGGACAAAGACAGAAAUAUGUUACGGAGGGUUUGGAAGAUGCUGUAGCGACUCGGCCCUUCGGCUCAUGCUAUGCAGACGGUCAUUUCUCGAUCAGCAGUCUCCCCAACUGUGAUUUUUCUCUUACCUAAAAUAAAGUGCCUUCUGAACGUUUUUAUGAACGUAUAAGCAACAUUUUUACAUGCUGUGUAUUUCCAGACCUUUAAACAAAUAUUUGCUGUAAACCCGAGUGGAAAGACAAGCCUUUAUUUUAACACUGUUUAUUUCUUUUUCCUUUUUCCCAGUGAUUUCCGCCAGUCUUCAUUGAGCGAAAUGAACUGUGAUUGGAAAAAGACAGACCUUUCUUUGGUUUUAUUUUUAAAACAUAAAACAAGAAAAGAAAAAGAAAUCAUAUAAGCAUUGUGUUGAUGGGGAAAAUGACUAAUUAGCAUCUAACUGCAGUUUGAGUAAAUGACAUGGAAACUGUUAAUCAGCACUCAAAUACAAUACAGUAUGAACAUUUACGAGCAUUUAUCAGAAUCAAAAUAAAUGUUGCAGUUGAUGUCAGAUAUGACUCAAGGGUUAUUGUCUUUUAAACCCACCAUAGAGGAAGUAGAAUAUAAAGUUGACAUGUUCUCUGUUGGUAAAUUCUUCAAUCCUAGCAACUAAAACAAGGUUUAUUUAUAUUUACAUAGCUACACUGUAAAACCAGAUAGUUCAUUUACCUCAAAAAAUCUGAGGAAACUAAUUACCUCAAAAUUUUGAAGUUGAUAAACCAAUUUUCUUUAAGUCAAAUACACUUAAAUAUAACAAAAAUUUAACUCAAACGUUGUCAUUUAAAAUAAAUUUUUGUUAUAUUUAAGUGUAUUUGGCUUAAAGAAAUUGAUUUAUCAACUUAAAAUUUUUGAGGUAAUUAGUUUCCUCAAAUUUUUUGAGUUAAAGGCACUUAUCCGGUUUUACAGUGUACAUUUAUAGCUACGUACACUUGUUGUUGAACAUACAUGAAAAAGUUACCGUUAUCACAUCAGUCAUUCCCAUGUAUUAAAUUGGCUUGAAAAUUGUUACUUAUCAUGUCAAGUCCUCUGUCCUGAAGACUUUCCUGUGGUGAAAAGUCUGUGAUAUAAAGCGUUGACACUGGAGACUCCUUCCAUAAAUGUUAAAAAAUAAAUAAAUUUAAUGUUAAAAAAUCCAACUCCUUAGAGAAAACAUCACCACAUCAACAAUUAUACGUUUCCCCUUGUUAAAUAACAACAUGUUUUUUAAAAAAUUGUUUAUUAUUAUUUUUAGUAGCAAGUGAUCAUGCUCAACUGACAUGAUACAAUAAAACUAUUGUUUCCCGGUUGUUUGAAAAUCAAUUGUUUCUUCUUCCACUUCUUCUGUCCACAAUUUCAACAAUUUUCAGAAAGACAGUGUUUCCCAAAUUGUACUUUUGAUCGUAUUCCCAAAUCAAUUCUACUGUUGCCUGCAAGUUUAAAGAUGUGUGUUGGACUUAUGGACGUCACAAUCAUAACCAGUCACUGAUUCUUGCCAGGUGAGUUAAAAACAAAUAUGUAACUGGAAUCUCUUUGUCACUGUCUAACAAUUCGAUCAAUCGGAUGCCUUAUUUGUUUUGGUCGGAAUGACAUGAAACUUUGCUCUGUAGACAGAAGUGUGAAUUUUCAGAGAGCACCAGAGUUUUAUUUGCUAAAGGAGUCAGCGAUGUAGCCGUUGUGUGUGAUUAAUACACGUGAAGGGGUUCAGUACACUGGCACUUUGUCAUAGCAGAACACCACUGCAGUCAAUAAUGUUCUCAAUUUCAUUAUCAUUUAAUAUAAGACACCUUUCUUUUUGACUUUUCGAUGUUCAUUUUAUUAGAAUUCAUGCUUCGCUGUGAACUCUUGCACACUUUCACCAUUUAUUAAAUGGGUUUACAUCAAGAUCAUUGCCUCUGCUGUAAUAUAAAACUCUAGGGAAGCCAUAUUGCGCUGGUGUCAUCACAGUUAUGUUUCAUUGCUUUAGGCAUUGUUCCAUUCAUCCCAAGUGCAUUGACACACAGCCAGAGAUGAAAAUGCUUUGGAAAUACAAAGUUCUAUUUUGUCAUUUGUCUUUGAUGGCUGUCUAAAAAUUACGGUGUGCAUUUCUUUACUUCUUUUUAAUACCGAAAAUGCCUUGUGUCCUUUGACUUUCUAAAAGUAACUUGUUUUAUUCAAGUGCUUCGGCAUUUUUUUCCAGCACCGGAAAGUCGCAUCAAAGGCUAAACACCGUCUGUUUAUGAGAAAUUCAUGAACAACUGCUUUCUGCAAGCCUGACUGAGUCUUCUCCCUAGUUUAGAAUACUUUUUCAUCACUAGCUAGACGAUAUACUUACAUUAUAGCAGAUUUCUACAGUCGUUCCACCUCCUCCGGGGUUGAGGGUUCGAAUCCUGCCUCUUCCCUGUGUGUGCGGAGUUUGCAUGUUCUCCCAGUGCUUCAGGGGUUUCCUCCGGGUACUCCGGUUUCCUUCGCCAGUCCAAAGACAUGCGUUGUAGGCUGAUUGACAUUUCCAAAUUGUCCAUAGUGUGUGAAUGUGCGUACGAUUAUGCCCUGCGAUGGGUUGGCACCCCGUCCAGGGUGUCCCCCACCUUGUGCCCCGAGUUCCUUGGGAUAGGCUCCAGGAUGGAUGGGUGGAUGGAUGGAUUUGGUAAACUCAUCUGUUGGUAAACUUACAUUUACAGCUUUACCUCUGAUUGUUACAAAGUGCUGAGACUGGAGACUCCUUCCAUACAUGCUUAAUAAAUGACUCACAGUGGUCAGUGUAAAAUACUUUAUGCUGGAAUAGGUUCCUAGCUGCAAAAAAAAAAAAAAAGAACUGAUAGUUGAUAGUUAAUUUUCGAGUAGUUUAAUGAAUAGUAUAAAGUUGACAGAUUAAUACAAUUAUAACCAAGGCCACCCCAUUGUAGAACAUUUCUUUAUAUUUCUUUCACUUUUUCAUGCUGUCCUUUUGUUUAAUAAUAUAACAAAUCAUUUAUGAUGUCUGGAUGUUUCGUGGAUGCCUACGUAGAUCUGCACUACUUUCCAUACAAUAGAGGACAAUAGGGCUUCAACUUGUAGACCAUAUAAAGACAUUUAAGCGAGCAGUGUGUUUGUGGUGUGUGCUCACCUGGGUGGAGUGAUGGACAGAAACACACCCAGGUUUACACACAGAGAACGGGAAGCGGCCACAGCGGGGAUUCGAUUAUACACGCUGGUUAACACACACACACACAGCGCUGAAGAGUACAGUGAUAAAAAGGAUAAAGCAAGAUGACUGAAAAGGUGCCGGACACAUUUAAAGACAUCAAAUACAAGCCUGGUCUACAGAUAUGGACUAUAAAUGAUAUGAAAAUGGUUCCUGUGCCAGAACAAGCUUUCGGGAAUUUCUUUGAAGGAGACUGCUACAUGGUUCUCUAUGGAGGGCCAGAGAAUGCUCGUUCCAUGGACAUCCAUUACUGGAUAGGGAACAGCUCCUCUCAGGACGAGCAGGGUGCCGCGGCCAUCUACGUCACGCAGCUGGACGAGUGUUUGGGCGGCAGCCCAGUGCAGCACCGGGAGGUUCAGGAAUGCGAAUCAGCCAGGUUUAAAGGUUACUUCAAAAAUGGCAUAAUAUAUAAAAAAGGAGGUGUGGGGUCGGGGUUCAAACACGUCGAGACCAACGUCUAUGACAUUUUGCGUCUGCUGCAUGUCAAAGGCCGGAAGGAUGUCACUGCCAUGGAGGUGGAAGUGUCGUGGAAGAGCUUCAACACUGGGGAUGUUUUUCUGCUGGACAUGGGAAAAAACAUUGUGCAGUGGAACGGCCCUCAGAGCAACAGACAGGAGAGAUUAAAGGGAUGUUUGCUAGCGCAGAACAUCAGGGAUAGAGAGAGAGGGGGGCGGGCACAGAUCGGAAUAAUAGAGGGGGAUAAAGAAGAAGCCUACCCCGAACUGAUGAAGGUCAUGAUAUCUGUGUUGGGCCAGAGGACUGGACCACUGAAAGACACUGUCCCUGACAACACACCAGACCAAUACCAGACUGCUAAUGUCAAACUGUUCCAGGUAUCAGACGCCAAUGGUAAGCUGGUAGUACAAGAGGUGGCCUCUAAUCCACUGACACAAAACCUUCUGCAUUCAGAUGAGUGCUACAUUGUAGAUAGAGGAGGUGUUUCUUUGGCAGUGUGGAAAGGGAAGAAAGCUAGUGUAGAGGAGAGACGUUCAGCCCUUCAACAUGCAGUCGGAUUUAUAAAAGCCAAAAACUAUCCCCCCACCACUCAUGUGGAAGUGAUGAGUGAAGGUGCAGAAUCUGCCAUGUUUAAACAACUCUUCAAGUCCUGGAAAGAGGCAGGCCAAUCGCAGGGCCUGGGGACAAGCUACUCCAGGGGCAAGAUAGCCAAAGUAGACCAGGUGAAGUUUGAUGUCAUGCAACUCCAUGCCGAGCCUAAACUGGCUGCACAGGAGCGGAUGGUGGAUGACGCUUCUGGAGAAGUACAGAUUUGGCGUAUUGAGCACUUGGAGCUUCAGGAGGUACCACCCAGUACUUACGGGCAGUUUUAUGGAGGAGAUUGUUAUCUAGUGCUCUAUACCUACAACAGAUCCAACAAACCCCAGUACAUCCUCUACAUGUGGCUGGGUCGCCAUGCCACGCAGGACGAGAUAACAGCAUGUGCAUACCAGGCAGUGAAUGUAGAUAACAAAUAUAAUGGAGCUCCUGUUCAGGUCAGGGUGACCAUGGGCAAAGAGCCACGCCAUUUUCUGGCCAUCUUUAAGGGUAAACUCAUCAUCUAUGAGGGUGGGACAGGAAAACCGGGUGUGGUUAACCCUGAUCCAGGUGCUAGGCUUUUCCAGGUUAGAGGAACGGAUGAAACGAAUACCAAGGCUACAGAAGUGCCAGCCAGAGCCUCUUCUCUCAACAGCAAUGACGUCUUUCUUCUAAAAACGAUGGACGAUACUUACAUGUGGUAUGGCAAGGGCUGCAGUGGUGAUGAGCGUGACAUGGGGAAGGCUGUUGCUGACGUACUUUCAAAGGCAGACAAGCAGCUUGUGAUGGAGGGCCAAGAGCCGGCACAGUUCUGGGUGGCCCUGGGUGGAAAAGCGCCAUAUGCCAGCGACAAGAGGUUAGAGAAGGUAGCACCAAUGCACAGUCCCCGCCUUUUUGAGUGUUCUAACCAGACGGGCCAAUUCCGUAUGAACGAGGUGGCUCAUUUCACCCAGGAUGACCUGGAUGAGGAUGAUGUCAUGCUGCUGGACACCUGGGAUGAGAUUUUCCUAUGGAUUGGCAACUCUGCCAACCAAUAUGAGAUCCAGGAAUCUCACAACAGUGCAUUGGACUAUCUGAAGACCCAUCCAGCGGGCCGUGACCCUGAUACCCCAAUCAUCUCAGUGAAACAGGGCUACGAGCCGCCUACUUUCACAGGAUGGUUCAACGCUUGGGACACUCACAAGUGGAGUGGAGGUUUAUCAUAUGAGGAGAUGAAGAGUAAAAUGUCUUCCUCGGGAUCGGUUUCACAGAUCUCUGUGAACAUGAACAACGCAGUCUUGAGCAGGAAGUCAAGUGCCCCUGGAGGACCCAUCACUGAAAUCUCUUCUCAGAACUCCAAAUCCAAAAAUCCUCAAUCAUCCUCCAUGAGUAGAACCGGCCCACGUGCAGAUACGCCUCCUUUUAAAGUUCAAAGCUCAGCUAAUUUGAGUCGUGAACAGCUGAUCAGUAAGAAUUCCAGUGAGCUUCCUCAGGGAGUAGACCCCAGCAAGCGAGAGGAGUAUCUGAAUGACGCAGAGUUUGAGAGUCUCCUCGGUUGCUCCAGAAAUGAUUUCCAGCGCUUGCCGAUGUGGCGCCAGAGCGACCUGAAAAAGAAAGCUGGGCUUUUAUAAUUUAAAAAAAAAAACUGACAAGAAACCUUUCUCCUAAUGGGCAUAACUGACUAUAAAAUACAAAGAAUACAUUACAAAUAUUCUCAAAAAUACUAAUCAGACAAACACCUGAUAAUAUUACUGCAACAUCAAAGCAAUAUAAUUCAAACAAAUAUGUGUUUGCUUGCAGAAAUGCGCUUUAUAUGCUUUUUAAUAGCUAUGACAUGUUUAUGCCUGAGAAUAAAUGUUUGAUCUGUGUAAAUGCUUCCAUCUUUGUUGCAGCUUUGCUGUGUAGAAAUGGCUGUAUAUGUAGACCUGAUUGAAAAAGUAUUCAGAUUUUUAUCUGUAUGAUUUCCCAAUCUGAUCGAGAGUUAGUUUAUUCACACCUGAGACAAUUCAAGGUGUAAAUAUGGAUGGCAAAUAAGUACAAUUUACACACAAAAUGCAAAAUGUUAACCCUUCCAUUAAGCAAAAGAUUUGUAAUGUAAUAAAAUUGAACAGAAAUGAGAAUAAUCAAUAAAUUAAGAAAUUAGGAGCAGUACAAUAUAUAUAUAUAUAUAUAUAUAUAUAUAUAUAUAUAUAUAUAUAUAUAUAUAUACAUACACACAUACAUACAUACAUAUAUGGCUUCUUACAUUUAGUGUAUGUAGAGUUCAGUCCCAUUUGCUGCAAGUAUCUUUGUCAGAGAUUCAAUUUUUUGUUAUAUUUCUAUGUAUUUUGCAUCACUCAGGAACAUUUUCUUCAUUCCUCUAAAUAAAUUUGCUAAAACUGUCUUAAAAUCUUUGGUCAACUCUUUAUUGCUACAGAUUCUCAAUAGGGCAUGCAGCAUGGCAAGAAC